AUGGCGUCCAACAUCCUUCAGCUCCCGUUUCGUCGCUCACACGCCGCCUCGCUUUCCGAUGCUAUCACGCAGUACAUAUCUUCAAAAUAUGAUCAGCGCCCGGAUAUGUUCGCGGAGGAUUUGAUGAUCAUUGAUCGUCUAAGAUCCGAAGCUGUCAACGUCCAGGAACCACAUUUCAGCGGAAUCAGCCGGUUGAUCACAUACGCAGCGCAGCUGAAAUGGCUCGGUGGAAAAUUCCCGAUUGAUGUCGGGGUGGAUUUCUCAUGGUAUCCGGCUUUUGGAUUCAAUGCCGAGCGACCAGUAUCUCAGAAUAACCUCCGAUUUGAACUGGCGAAUGUCAUGUUCAACCUCGCUGCUCUGUAUUCUCAACUUGCUUAUGCAACGAAUCGGACAACCGCAGAUGGACUCAAGCAGGCCUGCAAUUACCUGUGCUCUGCUGCUGGAGUCUUGAAUCACCUUCGGGUGGACAUCAUCCCGGACCUUCGUUCGUCACCACCGGAGGAUAUGGAUGAGAUGACUCUCCAAAGUUUGGAACAACUUCUACUUGGCCAGGGGCAGGAGUGUUUCUGGCAAAAGGCUGUCAAGGAUGGACUCAAAGAUAGCUCCAUCGCGAAAUUGGCAGCCAAGGUUUCCGAUUUUUAUGGUGACGCCGGUGACCUGGCUGUCAAGUCUAAUGCCAUUAGUACAGACUGGAUCCACCACAUGACUGCGAAGCAUCAUCAUUUUGCGGCAGCGGCUCAGUUCCGCCAGUCGCUGGACUGUUUGGAGAAGCGCAAGUACGGAGAAGAGGUUGCCCGCUUGCGCGAUAGUUUAAUAUGCGUCAAUGAAGGUCUGAAGGAGCAGCGCUGGAUUAAUCGGACUGUGCUUGGUGAUCUGAACGGAUUGAAGAGCCGUGUUUCGGAAGACCUCAAGCGUGCCGAGAAGGACAACGACAUUAUCUACGUCAAUCCUGUGCCACCGAAAUCGGAGCUCAAGACCAUUGAACGCGCCAGCAUGGUUCUUGCCAAGGCUCCCUCGCAAGUCACCGAUGCGAUAUCUAUGCUGGGUGAUAAUGGACCACUGGGCCAGCCGCUGUUUUCUAAGUUGGUACCAUAUGCCGUGCACAUUGCUGCUAGCAUUUACUCUGAUCGUCGGGAUCGAUUGGUGAACGAUACACUUAUCGGGGAGUUGGAAUCAAUGACUGAUAAAUUACGGGAUUUACUUUCAUCCUUAAAUUUACCUGGAUCUCUGCAGGCACUGGAGAAGCCGCUAGGCCUCCCGCCAACACUUGUCUCCCACGCAGAAGAGAUGCGCCAACAAGAUGGCUUAAACCGCCUACACCGCUCAAUUGAAGAUACGGCUAAUAUCAAGGGCAAUGACCAAGCAGUUUAUAGCGAGGGCGUUGAUCUUCUCAAAGCCGAAAAGGCAGAGGAUCUUGCAGCUCGUCAGAAAUAUGGCACUGACCGAUGGUCUCGUCCAACCUCCGAAUCCGCAACACCAAAGUUGUAUAAGAGUUUGAAAGAAAUCAGUGGCUAUUUCACAUCUGCUCAAAGCAGCGAUGAUCUUGUACAACGGAAGCUACAUGAUUCACACUCGGUUUUCCUCGUUCUUACUGGUACUAACCGGGAUCUUGAGUCCUACGUGCCUAGUAGCCGACGAGCAGCUAUCCCGCCGCAUGUUGAGCGCGAGUCGAAUCGGCUACGUGGAUGCUUGAGUGAAAUUAGCCGUAUGGAGAACCGGAGAAAGCGACGUAUUCAAAGUCUUAAGGAUAAGGCACGGGCUGAUGAUAUUCACCCUGCACUGCUGAGACAGACUGCACGUCUUGAGCGAGAAUUCCCUAUGCAGGCUAUCCAAGCCAGCCAAUUUGAGGAUCUCUUCGAGGAGCAACUAAAGAACUUUGAUUCGGAUCGCGAUAUGAUCGCCCAGGAGCGUCGAGAGCAAGACAACCUCUCUGAUCAGGUUCGGGAAGCCAAUCGUGCUUUCACCGGUGCUCACAAGGGCGACGCGUCAACGAAAGAGCGCGAGAUUGCUCUUCAGGAUCUAGAAAAUGGCUACUUGAAGUAUAAGGAGAUCAUUUCCAACCUCGACGUUGGACGGAAGUUUUAUAAUGAUCUUGCAAAGAUUGUCGCUCGCUUCCGUGAUGACGCAAAGACCUUCGUUCACCAGCGCCGUAUGGAAGCGAGUCAGUUGGAAACUGAUAUUUCCAAUGCACAGGCCAUGUCCUCCCUGCACAUUUCUCAGCCCCAUCUUCGCCAACAACCCCAGCAGCCCGCACCAUCCACCUAUACAGCUGCUCCCCCGUCACAGCCGCUACCUCAACCACCGACAUCAGCUCACACUGCACGCCCUGUCGUCCCUGCUCCUCCGCUCACAGCACCUCAGCCGGUCCGCGCCCCCGUCGCACCACCUCCCGUUUCCACACCUGGAAUGCCAGGCAUGUGGUCACCCGAAAUGGGAAUCAGAUUUGGCUCUGCCGCCAUUCCCCCCGGAGCGAACCCGGCCUCGGCACCUGCUCCAGCUCCAGCUCAGGCCGUUCCGAAGCCUCGUGGCCCUCAGCCCGCGACUUGGGACCCUAGCCAGGGAUUGCGCUUUUCUUGA